AUGGCAAACAAGUUUGGAUUAGGGUCUUUACCUCUAGAAUCUAAAUAUCUCGUGAGUUCUACGGCGUUUAUAAACAAAGCGAAACCUUUUUUCGUGGAUCAAAUCGGAGACACCUUACAAGGGGAUAUCGUUAUGAUCAAUUUCAAAAUAACUAAUUUAAAGUUUCCAGGAAACGAUAACGAUGCCUUGAACAAGAAAUAUUUACUGGAUCAAAUAAACGCAAUUCAAAUAGAUAAGGACCAUGUUGAAAAUAGAAUAAAUGACGUGAAAAAAUACUUCAGACGAAAUAUUAAAAAUCUUGUGGACGAACCCAAACUACAACAAGAGUUAACGAGUUUGAAACGUCUUAUUCAAGUGGAUAAAACAAGUCAGUUGCAAAAUUUAAUAUCUAAAUUAGACGAUAAGAUUACGAAGGUAAAAAUAGACGUCCAACGUUUAAUAGACAACCCAAAUGUAAACGAGGAUAGAUUGAAACGAAAACUAACCGCUUUGGAAAGAAAACUUGGCGAAUUGCUAGCAGAACUAGACAAGACCGCGGACAAAACCGAGUUACAAAAUUCGAUAUCCAAUUUGAACGAAAAGAUCGCGAAGCAAAAAUCAGAUGUUCAAGAUAUAAUUAACACCCUUCCCAUUGACAAAGAUACGUUGAAACGACAAUUGACUGCUUUGGAUACUAAAAUCACGGACGAAUUAGAAAAAGAAGUGGCGAGCACAGUUCUAACGGUAGGAGUAACGGUGGCAACGGCCGUGACUGGUGGAUUAAUGCUUCCAGUCAUCGUCCCAACCGUAUUGGCUGCAUUAACAGCCGUUCAAACGACUUCUUGCGGUCUCAUCACUUUAGGUUUCACGAGCAAAAAGAAAGCUCAUUAUAAAAAGAAAACGGAUAUCUUGAAUAUGUAUCUUAAUCAAUUGUACAUCUUUUUCGAAAGAUCGAGAGAAGACAAGAACAUAACAGUUGAAGAAUUAAAAGAAUUCAAUGAAAUUUUGGACAAAUUCCAUACAGAAAUAUCAGCGGUCAAAAUAAAGAAAUAA